UCUUAAGAUAUCUUUUGAUCGGGUACUUGGAUUCUGGUUUAUCUCUUUCAUAUGCAUCAAUCUGCCAUGAUCUUAUUGGUCAUCAAUUUGACAAAAUUGAGCCUAUACUUCCUAGUGGAGGAUCCAAACCAAAACUAUCGAAAGAAAUAUCUCUCCAUGCCCUAUUAUCUAUAAAUACCUCUCCAUGCUCUUCCAGUUCUUCAUCCCUCCAUCUAUUACUGUCUUUCAUAGCUUUCUAUUCUAUUAAUAACAAACCUACAAUGACAUUCUUGGCCAAUACACCUCCCAACCACUUUCUUUCUUUCCCAGCCCUUUUACUCUGCCUUAUCAUCCUUGCAUUGCCCACUUUUUUUGAUUAUGCUGCUUUUGCUUCUUCCGUAACUGGAAAACAAGCAAGUGAAGCCACGGCUCUCUUGACGUGGAAAGCUAGCCUUCACAACCAAACUCAAACUCUCUUGUCCUCAUGGCUUGGAAGCAACCAUUGCACUUGGCUUGGAAUUGGUUGCAACAAGGUCGGUAGAGUUGCCCAUAUAGACCUUCACGAUUAUGGUUUGAAAGGUACUUUUUCUGAUCUUAAUUUCUCACCUUUUCCUCAUCUCCUCACUCUUGAACUUUUUAACAACUCACUUUAUGGGACCAUCCCUCCCCAUAUUGGUAGCCUUUGGAGACUCACCUACCUUAGCUUGCCUCUCAACAAUCUCUCUGGAACAAUUCCGACCGAAAUAGGCCAACUAACUAAUCUAAGGUUCUUGCAUAUGAAUAGAAACCAAAUCGGUGGCUCCAUCCCUCAACAAAUAGGAUUGCUCAGCUGUCUCAAUAUGCUCACCUUGUAUACUAACAAUCUCACGGGUUCAAUCCCUUUUUCAAUUGGAAACUUGGGCAACUUAACCAUUUUGUACCUUUAUGACAACCAACUUUCCGGAUCAAUUCCUCAAGAAGUUGGGAUGCUGACGUCUCUCCUUGAUCUUGAACUGUCUAUGAACAGUCUCACAGGUUCAAUCCCUGCAUCUAUGGGGAACUUAGGCAACUUAACUACUAUGUACCUUUAUGACAACCAACUUUCUGGAUCAAUCCCUCAAGAAGUUGGGAUGCUGAGGUCUCUCGUUGAUCUCGAACUCGCAAGGAACAACCUCACGGGUUCAAUCCCAACCUCUAUAGGGAACUUGAGCAACUUAACCACUCUGUACCUUUAUGUGAACCAACUUUCCGGAUCAAUCCCUCAAGAAGUUGGGAUGCUAAGGUCUCUCGUUGAUCUUGAACUCUCAAGGAACCACCUCACGGGUUCAAUCCCAACAUCUAUAGGGAACUUGAGCAACUUAACCACUUUGUACCUUCAUGACAACCAACUUUCUGGAUCAAUCCUUCAAGAAGUUGGGAUGUUGAGGUCUCUCGUUGAUCUCGAACUCGAAAUGAACAACCUCACGGGUUCAAUCCCAACAUCUAUAGGGAACUUGAGCAACUUAACCACUCUGUACCUCUAUGUGAACCAACUUUCCGGAUCCAUCCCUCGAGAAGUUGGGAUGAUGAGGUCUCUCGUUGAUCUCGAACUCGGAAUGAACAACCUCAUGGGUUCAAUCCCUGCAUCUAUAGGGAACUUGACAAAGUUGAAUGUAUUAGACUUAAGUCUAAAUUCAUUAUCAGGCUCCAUUUCUUCAGAGAUAGGAAAUUUAAAACAACUUGGUUAUUUGAUGUUCAUUGAUAACCAACUCACAGGCUUUAUUCCUCCAAGAUUGAACAAUCUUACACAUUUGAAAUGGUUUCAAAUAGGUUCCAACAAGCUCAUUGGUCAUUUACCAGAAAACUUAUGCUUUACUGGAUUACUUACAGAAUUAGCUACAGCUGACAACAAUUUCACAGGUCCCAUCCCAAAAAGCUUGAAAAAUUGCCAUAGCCUAUAUAGAGUCAGGCUUGAUGGAAACCAACUGUCGGGCAAUAUAUCAGAAGAUUUUGGCGUAUACCCAAGCUUGGAUUACAUUGAUUUGAGUCAUAACAAUUUUUAUGGUGAGCUAUCUAAAAACUGGGGAAAAUGCCACAAUUUAACUAGUCUCAAAAUGUCUAACAAUAAAAUUUCUAGUAAGAUACCAUCUGAAUUAGUAGGGGCAACUCAGCUAUCCGUUCUUGAUCUCUCUUCAAAUCAUCUAGUUGGAGAGAUCCCAUUGAAAUUGGGAAUGUUGGUUUCACUAUUCAACCUUAAGCUGGAUGAUAACUAUCUAUUAGGCAAUAUUCCUCCAGAAUUAAGUAAGUUGUCCAAUUUAGAAAACCUUAACUUGGCAGCAAAUGAUCUAAGUGGCUCAAUCCCUAGAGAACUUGGAGACUACUUAAAACUGUUGAGCUUAAAUUUGAGCAAUAAUAGAUUUAGGGAAAGCAUUCCCAUUGAAAUAGGCCAGAUCAACACUCUUCAAAGUCUUGAUCUUGGUAAUAACUUGCUAAUUGGUAAGAUACCACAACAGAUUGGAGAAUUGCGAAGCUUAGAAAGGUUAAAUCUCUCCCACAAUGAGUUCUUUGGUUCUAUACCAUCAUCUUUCAAUAAAAUGGUAAGUCUUACUUCCAUUGAUGUGUCAUACAAUCAGUUAGAGGGUCCUCUUCCUGACAUCAAGGCCUUCCAAGAGGCUCCAUUCAAGGCACUCAAAGGUAAUAAAGGUUUAUGUGGUAAUGCUACUGGUCUGAAGGCUUGCUUGACAAAAUUGAACAAUGGGGAUGUUGAAAAAAAAGGCAAGAAAGUUAUGUUACUAACUGUACUUCUUGUUUUUGGAAUUUUGUUUCUUUUGCUAAUGGUUCUUGGCAUUUUCAUGGCUUUUCGUAAGAAAGUGAGGAACACAAAAAAUGAGCCAUCACGAGUAAACCAUGAUAAUGUUUUUGCAAUAUGGAGCUAUGAUGGAAAAAUGGUCUAUGAAAACAUCAUUGAAGUCACUGAGAACUUCAGUGCCAAAUAUUGUGUUGGAGAGGGAGGAUAUGGUACCGUUUAUAGAGCUGACCUACCAAGUGGUCAAGUAGUUGCUGUGAAGAAACUUCAUGCAACACUUGAUGAUGACUGGGCUAAUCUAAAAGGGUUUACAAGUGAGAUCCGUGCAUUAACUGAGAUUCGACAUCACAACAUUGUAAAGCUGUAUGGUUAUUGUUCACACCCAAGGCACCCGUUUUUGGUUUAUGAGUUCUUGGAAGGGGGAAGCUUAGGAAAUGUACUAAGCAUGGACGAUGAUAUAGUAGUCUUUGAUUGGAUUAAGAGAGUGAACACUGUUAAAGGUGUGGCAAAUGCUCUGUCUUAUAUGCACCAUGAUUGUUUUCAACCAAUCAUCCAUCGAGAUAUAUCAAGCAAGAAUGUUUUGUUUGAUUUGGAGUAUGUGGCUCACAUCUCUGAUUUUGGCAUAGCUAGAUUUAUGAAUCUCAACUCAUCCAAUUGGACUUCAUUUGCUGGGACCUUUGGUUAUGUUGCUCCUGAACUUGCUUAUACAAUAGAAGUGAAUGAGAAGUGCGAUGUUUAUAGUUUUGGGGUGCUUGCACUGGAAGUGAUUAUGGGGAAGCAUCCCGGUGAUCUAAUCUCCUCUUUAUCAUCAUUCUCGUCCUCAUCAUCAACAUCAACUGCACAAGGGAUAUUUUUGAAGGACAUCUUGGACCAACGCCUCCUACCUCCGAGGAAUCAAGUGGCAGAGCAAGUAGUUGUUGUUACGAAACUAGCAUUUGCAUGUUUACACACCACUCCACUGUCUCGGCCAACCAUGCAACAAGUUGCUACGAUGCUAUCAAAGCAAAGGCCAACACCGCAAAAUCAAUUCUACAUGAUUAAAUUAGGACAACUCUUUGACAUCAACUGCUCGAGCUCUUGAGCAGUUGGUGAACAAGAUUUUCCGUGGGAACUUGGCUCCACUGUUAUUGGACAUCUACGAGUUUAGUCCUGAGUUCCAAAAGCCAAGAGAACCAAGCUUGUUUUUCGAGAAAUGCAAUGAUUCAACUGAGUCUUCGUUGGUCAUCUCAACCACAGGGCAAUCAUCUAAGUUUUGGGUGGGUUUGUUUGUCCUAUUUUAUGUGUUUUGUUUUGAUUUUGCUUCUAGCAGGGUAGUGGUGUGGUGUGUUGCUUUCAUUUUUUAGGAUUUUGUCUCCUAUCAGGUGGUGUUUUUCUUUCGAUCUCUCUAUUCUUAUGGUUCACUUGUGAUUGCUUUGUAUAUGAAAUGAAGUUCAUGAAUCACACUUAUGAUACUUAACAAGCAUUCAAGCUUGGAACCAUUUUGCAUAGGAUGGAUAAUUCCUUGAUCAUUUCAUAAACCCUGUCCUCCUUCCACUCAUUCCCUCGAAUAAACAAAGAAAUGCUAAAUCUUUUUGUAAGUCCCUAAACCUCAAAAAGGGCCUUUAGUUUAUAAUCUGAUCUUCAAUUUGCAGCGGUAUAGGCAUGGUGCUGGGGCUUGAGCUUUUGCUCUGUUUCCUCUGUUCUGCUUCUUUUUGUGUAGCCAUAUUGGAACCUCUCAAAUUCUGGUUUUCUGGUUUGUUGUGGGAUUGCUCAUGAUUAAUCAUGCAUAGGGUGCCAACAUAGUUGGGAUGCUAUGUUUUGGACAAUGAUGCAGUGUUUGUUCCCACUUUUUGUAAGUUUCUUAAUCUACUUUUGAUUAAUAAAAUCUUUUCUCUUGGCUAAUCAAAAAAAAAAAAGAGAAGGCUUUCAGUUGCAAAAAAAUAUCAAUUCAAACACAUUGUAAAACAUCCUCACCAUACAAAAACAUUUACUAUAAAGUCAAUUUCAGGCAUCCAAAUCAUUCCUACAACAUUGAUUCUGCAAAACCUUUAUGCCUUUUGCUUGGCCCAAUCUCUAGAUAUUAGUCUCAAACAUGUGCACAUGUAGGUCUAUCACACAAAGCAAACUGAUACAAAGGAACUCAUAACCAUUCACAUGACCACUUUUGUUAACAAAGAAGUGUUGUUGAAUUAUUACCAGAAAAAUGAGCAAAGGCAAGAUAUCUUGACAUGCUUAAGAAGUUUAUUGUAUUUAAGAUGAACAGUUUAGAAAAUAUACACAAGCAAAUUCUAAUUCAUGGACAACAUACUAGUAGAUCAAAUAAAAAUCUCACACAUUAAGGUUAUGCAGAUAAAAUCGCUACACCAGACUAAAAUAUAGCAAAUAAAAUUAAGAACCUAAUCUAAAACGUUGGGUUAAAAAUCUCUAAUACAAAUAGGCAAAAUAAAUUAAAA